GAAAAACAUCUAAACAAGAAAAACAAAUCUGAUCAACAUCUUCUACUGUCUUACUCACAGAGAGAAAGAGGCAAUCGAGAAGAUGAAACUUAAUAGCAUUCCAGCUCAUGUAUCUUCUCCUCACUCUAAUCUAAAACCUGAGGAGCUAAAAACAAGUCUUCUUUCUAGAGCAACAUCGCUUUCCCAGACUGCAUUGAAAGUUCUUCUUUGCAAAAGAGAUAAGCUUACUCUUGAGCAGAGGUCCAUAGAAGACGAGAUUGCUAAAUACGAUGAACGCAUCAAGAACAUCAAAGAUGAUGUAGAGCUGCAACUGGAAACAAUACUCGAGAGCUGUAACGAGGCAUACCCGGGGGGUAUCCUUCAAGAAUCUCAUGACAAGUCAGCAUGUGGAAGCAACAAGAGGAAGCUCUGUGAGCCUCUUCCUUGUACCAAAAGCAUGUGUCAGAAACUGGAUGAUAUAUGUCUCGAGAAUAACUGGGUACUACCAAGCUACCAUGUGUCUCUAUCAGAUGGUGGAUUUGAAGCUGAAGUAUGGAUAAAGGAGACUUACUUUGCGCAUACAAUCUGUGGAGAUGAAAAGUGUGAUGCCGAGGAAGCUAGGGAAUCUGCAGCGGCUUGCUUGCUAACUAGGUUACACCACAACAGAACAACAGCCAACGAUGUCCUAACAGUGGACCAUUUGAGAUCCCCAUCUCCCAUGAAAGUACUGAAGCCGAGUAUAUUCGGUGAAACCUCAGAAAAAGAUCCAUUACCAUCAGAGAAUCAAACUAGUCUUCCUCUUCCAAUUGCAAAUUUGGAACUCACCGCCAAAAUGUACAAAUCCUUGAGGAAGCUUCGUUCUAAUAUUGUCAAAGAAAGCCCUGACGGUGUCACCGCAUAUCAUAUAUUCAGCGAUCCGACGCUUCACAAGAUAAGCAUAAAGAUUCCGAGAAACAAAAAGGAACUCCUCGAGAUAGGAGGCCUUGGGAAGGCUAAGGUAAGCAAGUACGGUGAUCGGUUGUUGGAAGCAAUAGAAACAACGAUCAAUGAAUACUACGCAACCAAUAAGCAAAGCUUGAAGGAUAUGAACUCGAGAUAAGUGUUAAUUACCUCGGUGAAGUCGUUACCUGUCUGAAACUUUAGUUUAAAAGCCUUUGCUAGCUGCACCUUUUGUAAACUCUUGUACAUAUGGCCUACUAGAUAAACCGUAAUGUUCGGUAGUAUUGCAAAAACUUUUUAUUCGAUGCUGAGUUCUUCACGCACGAUCUUUCUAAUUA